AGCUGCCGGCCUACACUACAGCCACGUCUGCGAACUACACCACAGCUCACGGCAACGCCGGAUCCUUAACCCACUGAGCAGGCCAGAGAUCAAAUCCGAAACCUCAUGGUUCCUAGUCGGAUUUGUGUGAAUCUGUGUUUUAAACAACUCACCGGGUAUGGUGUUUAAAACUAUUAACCAUUGGUUUGUACUAUACUUUGUAGAAUGUAUUAACGUCUUCGGCGCCUGUCAAAGACCCACUUUCUCCGGCCUCUAGCAUCAGCUUCUCAAUCUCUCAACGUCACACACACCACGCAAAUGGCUCUGCAAAAAUCUCCGGGAAACUUAGAGCACCACAGGGCGAUUCCGGACUCUCCCGCGCAGGCGCAGAGCCACGGCCUCCAGUAUGUUGCCCACUCUCCUUAGCGUCUCUGUUCUCUAACAGGCCAUUUGCCCCGGGAGAAUUAGGUCCCGGCGGUUGAUCAGGCAAUGACUGGCCCCGCAUACCGAGCAGGAUACGACCAGGGGUCUGAGUGGAAGAGCGUCUGUGAUCCCCAGGAAACUUGCAGGAAUCCCAGCAUGUGAAUUGGAUAUAAUCACCAAGUUGGAAGAAGAACAACUGAAGACAUUGGAUCUUCAGGGAGCUGAAGAGGGGAAUGAAAGUGAACCAAAAAUAUCUAUCUAGAUAGGGAGAUUUGAACUGAACCAAAGCACCAACACCAAUCAGGCUAUUUCUGAAGAAGCAGAGUUUUCAGGGGCAGCAAUGGAAAGUCUCCAAGGGAGUAGUACCCAACGUUCUAUGAAUGAAGAUGCCGGUAAAAGUGAGGGCCAGUUAUCAAGGCAAACAAAAUGUAGUACUAUACAGAAGAAAUCUUCUUUUGAGAAAACAGCCAUCAGGAAAGUGUCAAUGACUCUCAAGGAAAUUUUCACUAGGGAGAGAGGCUCUGAAUCCAGUGACUUUAGUCUAAGCUCAAAACUUAAAACACAACAGAAAAUUCCAAAGGAAGCUAGGUCGCCCAUACCUAGGAAAAACUCCAAAGAUAAGUCAGACUUAAUUAAACACCAAAAAACCUUUCCACAAAGGAAACCUUGUAAACACAGUGAAUGUGGUAAAGCCUUUAAUUACCAAUCAGACCUUACUGUCCACAGUGGAAAUCAUGGUGGAGAAAAGCCUUUUGAAUGCAAUGAAUGUGGGAAGACUUUUAGUCGAAGUACACACCUUAUUGAACAUCAAAGAACUCAUACUGGAGAGAAACCUUAUGAAUGCAGUGAAUGUGGAAAAGCUUUUAGCCGGAGUACACACCUUAGUCUACAUCGGAGGAUCCAUACUGGAGAAAAACCAUAUGAAUGUAGGGAAUGUGGAAAAGCCUUUAGCCGAAGCACUAACCUUAGUCAACAUCAGCGAACUCAUACUCGAGAAAAACCUUACAAAUGUAAUGAAUGUGGGAAAGCCUUCAGUGACCGUUCAACCAUAAUUCAGCAUCAACGGAUACAUACUGGAGAGAAUCCCUAUGAAUGCAGUGAGUGUGGAAAAGCUUUCAGUUGGAUCUCAUCUCUUAUUGAACAUCAGAGAACACACACUGGGGAGAACCCUUAUGAGUGCAGUGACUGUGGGAAAGUGUUCAGUCGAAGCUCAUCCCUUGUUGAACAUCAGAGAAUCCACACUGGAGAAAGGCCCCAUGAGUGCAGAGAGUGUGGAAAGGGCUUCAGUCGGAGCUCCUCCCUUAUUAUUCACCAGAGAACCCAUACCGGAGAGAAGCCUUACAAGUGUAAUAACUGUGGGAAAUCCUUCAGUCAGAGUUCAACUCUCAUCAGACAUCAGCAACUUCACACUAAAGAGUAAUAUCUGAGCUUUCAUUAAUAUUAGCAGAAAAGCACACAGCAUAACCUCCUACAGCUGAAAAGAAACAUAUAUACUUGUUUGAAUUUUCCUUCCCUACCAGUUAGCUAUAAGCCAGUUUCAAGCUAGCUUGCCUUCCUUUUUGUAAACUACAUCCUCAAAUACGUGAUCAAUCCAACAAGGAGAUGACUUUAAAAACCUAACGUAUUAAAUCUAAUAUUCUGAAGGGCUCCAAACUUAUCUUAGACUACACAACUUCCUAACACCUUCACCUUAUCUAUUCCAUGGAGCUUGGGCCUGAACAACUGGUGUGUGUGUGUGUGUGUGUGUGUGUGUGUGUGUGUGUGUGUGUUUUCAUGUUUGCUGGCUCCAGUAGCAGGGAGCUGACUUCAGAAUAGGACAAAAAACUUCCCACCAGUUUGGGGAUAUAGUCUUAAGGCAAAUUCAGUCUCUGGACUUAACACAACAGAUUUUUUUUGUUCCUUCCUCCCUCACCUUUCUUUGCUGCAGCAUAUUUUCCUCAAAGUAUAACCCAUAGUUAUACUAAUGUGCCUAACUAAACCUAGUGUUAUCUCAUCCCUAAAGAAUAUCCUUAAAAUGUUACAUUUAGUUCCUCCACUAUCUUAAAAAAAAAGUGGCUGCCUGAUUUUUAAAACUUCUUUUGUUUACAGACUUUAUGAAACCUAUACCCUCUGGUUCUGACUCUCACUACUCUUAUAAAGCUGAUCCAUCAAGGACAAACUCUGCCUAGUUUUCAGUCCUUUUCCUACUUGACAUUUACAGAAUUGGCACUUUUGGCCAUUCUUAUGCCUUAAAAUGUGAGCUUUUGGGAUCCAUGAUUCUAUGCUGAUCCACACUUUUCCUACCUCCCAGCACUUCUCUGGUUAACAGUGAUCAGCUCUAUGACUUUGGGCAAGAGUUGGAAAGAAUAAUUUCAUUUUAUUGGCUCAAUGCAGGCAUGGAUUCUAGUUUAAUCUAAAUCAGGAGGACUUGAUUUAAUAGUGCAGCUGUUUUAGUCUUUUGAAUGGUGAGAUAAUCUCAUAAAUAUCUUGUUCCUUUUAGUCCUACUUUGAAUUAUAUACAUUUGCCCUUAGGACUGACUUUCCUUCAGAGCACCUGGGAUGCUGGCCUCUUGGUCUUCCAUUUCAUGAGACUGUUGUAAGGACUAGGUGAGUUUAUUCAUAUAAAAUGAUGAAAACAGUGCCUGAUUAUAUAGUAAGUGCUCAAUAAAUGCUAAUUGUUAUGAUUCUGUUAUUUCACAUCUGCCUAUAGUCUCUCAUCCUUGAAGAGUCUGUAACUUCCACAGAAACGGAAAACCAGGAUCACAAUCAAAUAAGUUAGAGGAUAUUUCUUCUAACUACCAUCAUAGGCAAUGGUCAUCUAUUUUACUAUAACUCUAUUGUGUGUCAAAAAGAACUUAAGGCAGCUUAUAAGAUAUGAUAAAAUAGAAAACCAAAAACAAUACAAAUCAGCAUUAGAGAAAGGAACAAGCGCCUAGAAAAUCAAGAUCAUGACCUAUGGCAUGCCAUAUAUAGUUAUUCAGGUAGGGAUGCAAAGUGAGCAUUCUGGCAAUCAAAGUGAGAUGGUCAUUUGCUUACACUGUAUUUGGAAGAGGAGAAAAUGUCCAUUCUUCAAGGAAGGCUUUGCUUAUAAUAGUUAAAUUUAAAAGGAAUUUCUCCAUUGGUCUUCAUGUAAUUAUGCCAUGCGUUUGAUAGCAAAAAAUUACAUGUUCUCUACAACAUCUUGCAUAUAAUAUGUUUUCUAGUGAAUAAAUAUUUAGUUCAUAGUAGAAGUAUCAGAGAGGCAAAUAUGAAGAUUCCUUUUGGAGGGUGUAGUGGGGUUAGGAGCAGAAGAGAAUAGUGUACAUUAGAUAAUUAAGUAAUUACUGGGUGCUAGAAGAAAAGCUCCUUUCACACAUUUGAAUAACUUAAUUUACCACAUUAUGGGCUGAAGGAACUGAAAUUUAUAGAUUUUAAAGAACUUACCCAAGGAUCAGGAUUUGACCCCAGUACUGGACCUCUUAAGUUGGGCCUGGUAAGAUACAGAAGAGAAAGAACUGUGUGAGUAAAGGCAUAGAGGUAGAAAAACACCCUGUUUGUUCCAAUAGAUGAACUGGACUGUUGGUGGCAGGGAGUUCAAUGAAAUAAAAAUGAGAAAGUUUAUUUAAAUUGGAUAAGUAGAUGAUGGCUGCCUUGAAUACCAGUUUGUACUUGGAUGUAAUCGUCUAGGCAAUGAAGGAAUUGCAGGAGCUUUUUGAUCAUGGUAAUAAAAAUUUGGUUUGGGGGAAGAUUAAUCGGGUAGAGGAGACAAGGUGGUUUGGAAAUGGGAGAGACAGCAGUAGAUACUAGGUGGGAAGCUGAAGUAUUAGAAUACUGGUAUUGGGAACAGCAGUGGUCAGAUGAAGAGACAGUAAAGGAAGGAUCCUGUGAAACUGGUGAUUAGAUAUGGGCAAGGAACAAGAGGGACCAUCAGUUCCUUAAUUGCUGUUAUUAACUUUCAUGUAAGCUACCUAUGGGCAUGGAGGGAAUACUUUCUGAUACACAUUCAGCAUGAACACAAAACAUUAAAAAGCUGAAUGCCUGAUAUGAUUAACUUGUAUCCUUAAAGUCAAUGCAGAACCAAAAACAUUUGGGAUUUAUUGUGGGGAAGUUGGGUCAGAAGGUAAAGAGUUGAUUAGGAGUGGAACACUUAUUCUAAAGAAAAAGGGAGGGUCUUCCAAUACAAUCCAAAUCACUGUGGCUCAGCUCACACUGAGGAAUGUCUUCAAAACAAUCUCUGACCUUGCACAAGCCCACAUUGAGGUGCUCUGCAUGGACCCUUUUCAGGAAGGUGGAUUAGGAGCAAAGUUCCCUCAAAGGCCAAGUGCCUUCCCUGUCACUCCUUAUGGGGACCCCUAGGCCAUUCCUCCAAGUAACGGGUCAGAGUAGGGAAGGAGGGGCAUAGGUAAGACCUCUAAGCUCUGCACUUUGGCUGUGCUCCUGGACUUUCAUGGUGACAACUGAGUGGCCCAGCUACACCCAACAAGGCCAAGAUGGCCACUCCUAUAAGCCACUGGAGGGGGGCCAGCGACCAAUCCAAAUGCCAUUUUUCCACUUCCGUGGAGACGUUCUGAAGCAGUAUCGGCCAAAGAGCAAAGAAAGCGCAGGUGUGGUGCCGGCCAGGCAUCUUCUGGAAGCGUGGUCCACCAGAGAUUCCAUGUGCAGAGCCUAGCCAGCUAAUCAUGGCUCUUCCAGGGAGCAGUACCUGAGGCCACAGUCAGCCAGGUAAGCCUGGUGCUUUGGGCCAGCAGGAGGAUGGUAAUCAUUUCUUGCUCUAAGCCCUACUUGAAGAAAGGAGAGGGUUCCAAGGAGGCAAAAUUAGGGAAAAUAAAUACAUGGAGAGCCCCUUGACUUGUAGCCCUCAGAUUCACCAAAUAAAAUGCCCAUUCUCUAAUUGAUUUUUCCUCAUCAUCAGAGAUGAGCCAUGAUUCCUCUAUCUCUCAUUUUUUCUCUCUGCUUUCAGGUGGCCUGGAACUAAAAUCACAGUUUUCAAUCUGAAUAAAUCAACAUUAUAAACAUGACUCACAAGGGCUAUAGAGACCUUUGUUAACCUCUUCAGCCUCUUCUCCCCAUCUUCCCAGACUUUUGUGCUCUGCCACUCUGGCCUUCUCAUGGUUUUUCAGAGCUGCCAAGCACUCACCUAUGUUAGUCCUUCUGCUUGAAAACCCUAUCUUGUUUUUUGGCCUAUGUUUUAAAAUAUAGGUUUUAUUAUGAUUCAAGUAAGGUGAGGCCUACAGAUAAGGAAAUAAAUUGUCACUGAAAAGGGUUGUUACUCACAGUUCCUAAAAGAAACAUGCCUUGUCAUGCAGGGCCACAUUGGAAUGCACCAGGUUUGGUCAGGAGGCUGAAGGAGUGGGAAGAAAACAUGGGCAAUAGCCUUUAAUGUUGUUUCUGUGGAAAAGUACAAGUAAGAAAACAUAAGGCAGGCUUAGGAUUUGUUAAUUUGACUUUUUUCAGGAGGGUGUGCGGGUUGCUCUGAGUUGUCUGGUACCUGGUCUUGGGGUGAUAGGACCAGAGAAUAGUGGCCUAGAGAGUAAAAGCCUGAGAGAGGAGGUGGGGUGGAGGUGUUGUGGGCUCUGGAUUGGUUAGUUUGCAUAUGACACCCACCAUGGGGCAUGGGGAGUGGCAGUAGGGAGACAAGUUCUUUGAUAUCUGUAGGAAUUAACUAAUCCUGGGAAGAGACAGUCACUCCCAAGUCAGCUAGGCCCUAGAUGCUAGAGAAUACAAAAAAUAAGAAAAUACAGUUAAGACAACCAAUUAAGUCCUCCUCAUCCAUCAGCUCUCAGCCCAAGUGUAACUUACUCCGGGGAGCCCUCAUAGCUCCUUCAAAAUUUCUAGCUUAUAUGGUUAUUUGAUUAAAGUCUAUCUUUCUAACCAAACUUCC